AUGGCUGUAACUAUGUAUGGGAAGGUGCUGCAGUACAGCGACCCCUCUGUGAUCUUCGUUUUCAUGCUGGUUUUCUGCGUGGCCACCAUCAUGGAGUGUUUCCUCAUCAGCGUGUUCUUCUCCAAGGCCAACCUGGCGGCGGCGUGCGGUGGCCUCAUCUACUUCGUCCUCUACCUUCCACACCUCCUCUGCUAUGCCUGGAGGGACGUCUUGGGGUUCCAGGUCAAAAUCUCUGUGAGUUUGCUGUCGUGUGUGGCCUUCGGGUAUGGCUGUGAGAACUUCGCCAAGUACGAGGAGCAGGGCAUCGGUAUCCAGUGGAGUAACAUUGCCCAAAAUCCUGAGGGAGAUCGGUACAGUUUCAUCGUGUCCAUCAUCAUGAUGCUCAUCGACGCCCUCAUCUACUGGCUGCUCACGUGGUACAUCGAGAACGUCUUCCCAGGCCAAUAUGGAAUAGCUAAGCCGUGGUCCUUCCCUUUCACGGCCUCCUAUUGGUGCGGGACGUCUGCGGUGCCCAACGCUGACCCUAGUCAGUUCAAGGAUCCCAUGGAAUACAAUGGUAUAGUAGCCAAUUAUUUGGAAAAGCCACCACCCAAUAUGAAGGCAGGGGUCUCAAUCAGGAACCUUGUGAAGAUCUAUAAAACGGGAAAAAAGCUUGCUGUGGAUGGACUUAGUGUGGACUUCUACGAGAAUCACAUCACCUCUUUCCUUGGUCACAAUGGCGCAGGAAAAACAACCACUAUGUCGAUCUUGACGGGACUGUUCGCUCCAACAUCGGGGACCGCUCUCAUAAAUGGUUACGAUAUCCGCACGGACAUGGACACCAUUAGGAAGCAUCUGGGAAUGUGCCCUCAGCACAACGUCUUGUUCAAUGACCUUACAGUAGAGGAGCACAUCUACUUCUACGCCAGAUUAAAGGGUCGAAGCCGUGAUGAAGUGAAAACGGAGAUGGACCAAAUGAUCAAGGAUGUAGGGCUACCGCACAAACGCAAGGAACUUGCCAAGAACCUGUCAGGGGGAAUGCAAAGGAAACUGUCGGUGGCCAUCGCAUUCGUGGGAGGAUCCAACAUCGUCAUCCUGGAUGAACCCACAGCAGGGGUGGACCCGUACGCCCGGAGAGGGAUAUGGGAACUUCUGUUGAAGUACAAAAAAGGUCGCACAAUCAUCCUCUCCACUCAUCACAUGGAUGAGGCCGACAUCUUGGGAGACCGCAUUGCCAUUAUCUCUCACGGCAAGAUGUGUUGUUACGGCUCCUCCCUGUUCCUGAAAAAGUACUUUGGCAGUGGCUACUACCUCACUCUGGUCAAGGCCGGAAAUGAGCAAAUUACCAACGAGCGCAGCGGAGUCAAGCAGGGCCAGGUGAAAGAGAAAGAGGAGACUGAUGAGACCUUGAGGAGAACCAGUCUGGAUGAAGGGAUUGCAAGCCAGAACUGGAGCAACUCUGACCCCACAGAGCUUACAGCUGUCAGUAAGCUGGUGCGUCGGCAUGUUCCCGAGGCAGUGUUCCUGGAGAGCAUCGGCCAGGAGAUCACCUACAUCCUGCCCUACAGCGGGGCCAAGGAUGGUACCUUCGCCCUCCUUUUCAAAGAGCUGGACCUGGAGAUGGCCGACAUUGGCUUCACCAACUACGGCAUCUCGGAUACCACACUAGAGGAGAUUUUCCUCAAAGUGGCGGAGGACACAGGUGUGGAUGUGGAAAUUCCAGAUAACAAAGCACCUUUGGUAAGAGACAAGACAAGAAGUUCAAGGGAAUCCAAGCGGCAACGGCAAAGCCUGACCAAUGUCGGGAACACUUCAGACAAAGUGACUGGGAAAAGGGCUGAAGUGAAAGCCAAGUUCACAAGCAGAGUGGAGGAUGUGGAGAGAGUGGCCAAUGUGAAUGGGAAGGGCUCCAGUGUGAUAAUGGGAUGGGAACUAAUCCGGAGACAAUUCCUGGCCCUCUUCAUCAAACGUUUCCACCACGCACGCAGGAGCCGCAAAGGCAUCAUUGCUCAGGUGAUUCUGCCAGCUGUCUUCGUCUGCCUGUCUCUCAUCUUUUCCGUCAUCAUCCCCCCUUUUGCCGAGUACCCUAAUCUGGAGCUGCAGCCAUGGAUGUACGGGCUGCCCCAAACGACAUUCUACAGCAAUGAUGGACCGCCAAAUAAUACAGAGGUUGCUCAAGUGGUGGACUCUUUGGUGAAUAAUCCUGGGUUUGGGACUCGCUGCAUGGCUAACAACCCUAUACCGAAUCUCCCGUGUGUCCCCAUUGAUUCUAAAUGGAUCACUCCCUCAGUGGAACCCUCUAUCAACAACAUCUUAAUCAACGGGACCUGGAGCAUGGCCAACCCUUCCCCUAACUGCCAGUGCAGCACUCCUCAAAAGACUAUCAUGCUACCAGAUUGCCCACCUGGAGCCGGGGGGCUGCCUCCCCCUCAGAGGACCCAGAAUACUACGGACACACUGCAGGACCUGACAGGGAGGAACAUGACAGACUUCCUCUUGAAGACGUAUGAGAAAGCAGGCAGAAAAAGGUACGGAGGGAUUUCCGUUGGAGGAGUUAACUCCCAAGUCAGGAUGACUGAACCGGAAAUUGAAGCUGUAAUCAGGGAUUUGAAAAGCCUAUUCAAUUCCCCCCAGGAUAACACGACUGAGCAGAUCCUUCUGAACGCCGAGACGCUCCUGAAAGAGCUCGGGACCAGGGAUAACGUCAAGGUGUGGUUCUACAACCAGGCGUGGCACGGGAUCGUUUCGUUCCUCAACGUGGCCAACAACGCCAUCCUGAGGGGCAACCUGCCUACGGGCCGUGACCCCAGGGAGUACGGCAUCUCCUCCUCCAGCCACCCUCUCAACCUCACCAAGGUCCAGCUCUCCUACCAGGCACUGGCUGCCACCUCCACCGAUGUGGUGGUGUCCAUCUGUGUCAUCUUCGCCAUGUCCUUUAUCCCAGCGAGCUUCGUCCUCUUCCUCAUCCAGGAGCGCGUCAACAAAGCCAAGCACUUGCAGUUUGUCAGCGGCGUCAACCCGGCCGUCUAUUGGGUCGCCAACUUCGCCUGGGAUAUAUGUAACUACAUAGUCCCGUGUCUAAUAGUCAUCGUCAUCUUCCUGUGCUUCCAACAAAAAGCCUACGUGUCCCCUCCUAACCUACCAGCUUUGAUUUGGCUACUUGUAAUGUAUGGGUGGUCUAUCACACCCAUGAUGUACCCAGCCUCGUUUAUCUUCAGUGUCCCCAGCACYGCCUACGUGGUGCUGACCUGCGUCAACCUCUUCAUCGGCAUCAAUGGCAGCUUGGCCACCUUCGUUAUGGAGCUGUUCGAUGAUGAUGUAGGUGGUGCGGGUUGCCGCUUUCCUAAAUCGUCAAAU